GACGACGACGACGGAGUUCAUUCCCACUCGACCUGGCAGGACGACCCGAAGGAUCUCCCGAAGCAUCCGACGCCGUGGCCAGGGAAAACAGCCAGUUAGGACAGUUAGUUGCGUUUGAGAGUGCGUCCCGAGCAGACCUGCAAGUUCGGCAGCUCCCGGAUAAAGUCGCCCAAGAGCAGUGGUGUAAUCUGCUGUCCCAGAUAGGUUUGUCCUGGCUGUGGAGCAGGAAAGGGGGAAGUGCAAGCGAAAGUGUUGUGGGUGCACAUUCUUAACCGAAGAUCAGUGUAAUUCCGUGGGAACCUCGCUGGAGAGUGGAAAAGCUAAGGAAAAAAAGAAAUAAUAAUUUAAUUACCCGUGUAAUUAGAGCUAAGUGCAUCGUAAAAAGGGGAAAUAGAUUUUCUCACAGUGAAACAGGGUGAGGAAAAAAAAAAGAAAGUCAAAAGUCACAUUAAGCGAAGAAGGUGGCUCCCAUAUGUGUGUUGGUGUGUCUGUCCGUGUAAGUGUGUUUGUGUAAAUAUAUCGUCGUAGAUCCAGAAUUUAAGCGAUUCGAUGCCAAUGGCCACCGUGGUCGCCGUCAGCUGGCAUUGAUGGCCCUCAGAGCGAUGCUUGCCGGAGUGGAGCAGGUUCCGGGACCGGUGACGAUGGUGGCGACGCUGGACUCGCCCGUGGUCACCAAUUUGUCGUCCGCCACCAUGGGAAAUCCAAACGGAACGUCGUCGCUGGCCAGCACGGUCAUCACUGAUCUGGCCACCAUCGGACCGACGGAGCUCACCUCCAGCAAACGGGCCAUCGAAGUGAGCGUCCUGUGCAUGAAAAGCUUAAUCUUCGGAUCCAUCAUCAUCGGGGCUGUGCUAGGAAAUGCACUCGUUAUCAUUUCGGUGCACAGAAAUAGGAAGCUAAGAGUAAUAACCAAUUAUUUCGUUGUAUCGUUAGCAAUGGCAGACAUCAUGGUGGCACUUUGCGCCAUGACGUUCAACGCGUCCGUCGAGCUGUCUGGGCGGUGGUUGUUUGGUCCGUUCAUGUGCGACGUGUGGAACAGCUUGGACGUGUACUUCUCCACUGCCAGCAUCCUGCAUCUCUGCUGUAUUUCCGUCGACAGAUACUUUGCCAUCGUGCGACCCCUCGAGUAUCCGCUGUACAUGACGCACCGAACGGUUGGUUUCAUGUUGGCCAACGUGUGGGUACUUCCGGCCCUGAUAUCCUUUACGCCCAUCUUCCUCGGCUGGUACACGACGUCCGAACAUCUCGAGACGCUCAAGGACAAUCCACAAAUGUGCAUUUUUGUGGUCAACAAAGCGUACGCAAUCAUCUCCAGUUCGAUCAGCUUCUGGAUUCCGGGAAUCGUCAUGAUCACCAUGUACUACCGGAUAUUCAAAGAGGCCAUCCGACAGCGGAAGGCUCUCAGCCGGACCAGCUCCAAUAUCCUGCUCAACAGUGUCCAGAUCAACAACUCGAACACGCUGCACGCCAACUACCACCGAAAUCACCACUUGCGGGCCAGCGACUGCGAUCUGGGGAUGGACAUCAAGGACAUCCAGCACGACACCCACAGCGAGCUGAGCGAUUUGGACGUUCCAAUGAUUGUGCCCACGAUCGUGAGUAACAACGACGACGAUCUGCUGGUGCCGUCGUCUCCGCCGCGGCGUCUUAGCCGGAGCAGUAUUGACCUGCGUGAUCUGGAGUACAAGAACGAAGCGACCAAGAUCAAGAACUCGGAUAGCGUCAGCUCGAUCUUUCCGCUGCAGUACGAGAAUAACCUACGCUACUCGGGCAGCGAGCCGAUCCACGUGAAGGAGAACCAACAGCGGAGGGCUUCGCGCAAGGAGAGCUUCAAACAGAUCAACUUUUUCCAGCCGUUCUUCUCGAGGAAUAGCUUGCUAAAGUCGUACAUAAAGAGUGGUAGCGCAACGGGUCAGAGCCUGAACAAUAGCAAUAAUAGAGAGAAUAGCUACUGCAACAACCGGACGGCUUCGGAGAAGAAGCUGAACAACAAAAACAAAGACAAUCGAUCGAAUAAUAAUAUAAUUGACUUGAUAAACGUGACUUCAUCGCUCAACAAGGAGAGUGUUGUGACGGAGAAGGAGGUGAACACACACAAAAGGCACCAGAUAGCGGCUAGUGAGUCGGACUUUCUGACGAUGAUUCAGAAGCAACGAUCGCAGAGACUGGGAAAAAACAAUGCAAGUGUUAAGAAGUCCAGUAACAUAGACGGCCCGAGAGAGGACCAGCUUAUGUAUGCGCUUAGCGAUUCAGAUUUCACGGCUGCGUUCCAAGGGGAUGAAAACAUCAUGAAGUGUUUCAAGAACCUCAAGGCUAGCACUGAACACAAGGAUGGAAUCUUCAAAAUAACGCUCAACGGAGAGGGUGGAGCCGCUCCAGCCGCCGCUGCCGGGAUCAAUGACACCCCGGAUAUUCUGAUUGGAUGCUUCGACCAUGGUUUCAGUGGGACCAGACCGAUGAGUCCGACCAGUCCGAAGGAGGUUGUGUCCGCUUGUGCAGAAGAGAACGUCCUUAUCAAGUCAUCAAAUCUUAAAGUUGUGAAUAGUAGUACGGCCAACGUAAAUAGCACAGUUAGUGAUAGUAAUUUAAGCCACGCGGACGGUAGCUACGUGAUAGAUCUCAUAUCGGCCAUUUCGACGGCAGGUUCACCACCUCACUCGGCAGGUCUCCUCCCGGAAGCCAUCUCACGGGAGAACGAACGGAUCAAAAGCAAUGAACGGAUUGUGGUAACCCAGCUGGACAGUCUGAAACCGGUGGUGAACCUCGGCGAUACGGGCAGUCCUGUCAACGUACUGAGCGAAGCCUCCACCAUAUCACUGGACCUGGUGUCCACCGGUCCAAGCACAAAACUGCAAGUUCCUAGCGCUGCCGUCGCCACGAACGCCAUCGAAGACAGCGUCAACCCCGUGGACCAUUCAGUGGACGCACAGCAGGUCAUCAACAACCCCGACAUCAUAAUCGAAAACAUCCGAAACGAUAGUUUGAACAAUCAACAGCAGCCAAUUUCGACGGCCACCUCGACCUCGGUCGUAAUGCCUCCGUCGAUCAUGACCCCGUCUCCGGUGCACCAUCCCGGACUGCACCGGAAGCGACAAUCGUCCACCGUAACCUACAACAUCAACGUGAUCAACUUUAGUGACAAUCCGGAUGACGACGGUGGAAGCUACCAAAUGAACAACCGGAACGGCACUAACGGUGGAACCGGAUCCGGACCGGGUGCCGGUGGACGAUCAAACAGCUCAACGAGUACGUCAUCACGAGCCUGUGCGGCGAGGAUGCCUGCCCCUGCCCGGACGUGGUCAUCACUGUGCUUUUCUGGAUCGGCUACUUCAACUCGACGCUCAAUCCGCUUAUUUACGCGUACUUCAACCGGGACUUUCGGGAGGCGUUCCGGAACACGCUGCAAUCGCUACUGCCCUGCUUCUCCAAAAAGAGCCCCUACGGCGGCCAGACUGCGUACUACGUGUAGUAUUAAGCCCAGCUUUAGGUUUAAAUUUACUUUUUAUGUUUUUUGGGGCAUAAAAGAGCGGGAGAUUUUAUUAUAUUUUUUGGUGUAUAAGAACGAUAAGAUUGUGUGGUUGUUUGGUAGCCAAAUUAAAUAGGCAGUUUGAAACGGUUGAUUUUGUAAAAAAUGGGUGGGACGAAGCACGUUAGCAAUUUAACUGAAUUUUAUUAAAAUGAUUUAUUUUUUAAAUUAUUAUUACUUUUGUUAUUUUUUUUGAAUAUCUCAUCAAAUUAACUUGUUUUCAUGCAACAAACAUGUUUUACUGAAUUUAAUUCUUCUUUUUGAGAUAUUUUAUUGCAAACCUUUAAAAAUAAUAUUUUUUUGAAGACUUUUGCCAAAAUCCAAAACACUCGAUGGAGACGCAUGGUAGCCAAAGCGUGGCAACAAUUUCCCACCACAUUACCAGAGUUCUUCCACAAAAACAACUUUUUUUUUCCACGGAAUCAAUUCCGGACCCCAUUCGUUAUCACUCUGUCUCUCAAUUUGUUUGUUCUUUUGUCACUUUAAACUCAAUUUCCUCCUCGCAUUCUCGUCGAUCCCAUCGUGCUUGUGGCACCAUUACUUUUGCACAACAUUUUCACAGCACUCACACGUGCACGUGCAGGUGAAAAGGGUUGAAAAACAUCGAUGUCCGGAACGGUCACUCGAGAGAGAGAGAGUCGAGGUCCUCUGUGUUGAUUGGAAACGUGCCUGCUGGUGAUGAGUUAUCUUCCUGGAAGCUGGAAAGUUGAUGGUUUCUAUUUUGUUGUUAAUUUGAAACAUACUAUGAGAACUUUUUGUUUGAUUUCAUCAAAAAAAAAUUAACUUAUCACUUUGAACUGAAACGUAUUUGAAAAAAAAAAAAACAAAUAUUCAAGGACCACCCUUUCACUCACAACUACUAACAAAUGGCAGCAACAAGUGCGACGGAUGGACCAUAUUGUGAAUAAAAAAAAUCAACCUCAGGACAUCAGGACAAACACAAUCGGCAUCGGAAGAGGGCAAUGUUGUUGUUGCUGUUGCUGCUGUUGAUGGGUCCAGAACACAGGCACCGAACACAUCAGCGUGUUUAUCUUGUUUUCCUCUCGACACGCAGUCAAACAAUCGGGUGGGGUUCUUUUCAACUCAAAUCACGUGGGAACAGGUUGGGUUGGAGGGAAAAGAGUGAUGGGUUGGGUGGAUUGAAAUAUUUUUUGCAUGUGAAUUUUUCCCUUUCAACGUGUUUUGGGAAAAUAUCGACUUUGGAACUGAUUCUUUCCGAGAAAAUGCUGACCAACUUGACCCUGUUGUAGAAAUAUGCAGUUCAUUUUUGCGAAAUCGUGUAGAAAGUUUGAUUGAAACAAAAAGACAAGACAUUUUAGAGAUCGAUGGGAAUGGCAUUUUUUGGUAGUUUGAAGCUUUGAAGCUGAGGUUUAAACCUAAAUAAAUUUGAAGAACAUUGAGUAUUUAUCCAUUAUGUUGUAACGUUUUUACUUCUGUUCAAUGAAUCACUCCUUGGACACCAGCAAAUCCUCUUUCCCUUUGAGUUAAACAACUGCUGAAAGUUACAAUGCAAUGUAGUAAAUGAAAUUAAACAAAUGUAACAGUGUACUGAGCUGAAAUCCAAUCAGAGCGUAACAGUAGUUUGCCAAAAAACUAACUUAAUCCACCUAUGUGGUUGGUGCCUUGCUCACUCCUUGCUAAAAGAUUCUCACAGAUUUUACAAUUUAAGACUCGUUGGAAUGGUCUUUCGAUUACCUAGCCAACAAUGGGUUAGAUGACGGAUCCGGACAUAUCAUACAUACAAAAUAAGUGAGAUCCGGCUUCAAAAAAGUAAAUAAAUAUCACAAAAAUGGUCAUAACUUGAGACUGGGUUGCCAUAUCUUAAAUGUUUUGGACUCAUUAGAAAGGUCUUUCAAUUACUUAUCCAACGAUAUAUAACGUGGUGAUAUUUGGUACGAUGUCAGAUCAUUUAUCUCAAAAAAUCAAACCAUCCACAUUAACGACCCCCGGGUCUUUUGUGGUCUCUAUUGCAAGUUUCUGCUCGAACCUAGGAGUCCGAAGGCUUGAAUGGGGAGAGCACCCAAACCUCUUUCUACUCCAAGGAACCUUCCACCCCAGUGUUUGAACUGACGACCUUUGGAUUGCGAGUCCAACCGCCGCCAGCGAUUCCACCGGAGUAGGCUUGGUUUGGUGUGUUGUUUGUUUGGAGACGACUCCUACACCUGGAAUGACUUAACCUUUCGGAAGUCGCGUUAAAAAAAAAUACACGAGCAGUCGCGUCGUGUACUUUGUACACAUUUCAGAAAUUUCUAAAUAAUUCGAAAACUACUGUCCUUAGAACCAAACAAUGUUCUACAAAGUUGUAGGGUAGGUCUUAUAGAAUGCCAUGAGUGACCAGACCAACUUCC